AUGGCCUUCUAUGGGCGCACCUACACGCUCGGCUCAGCCGACAAUCAUGGCCUACAUGCGCCCGUUAAAAAAUGGGACACCAAUGGAGGCACGCCGGGCAGGUAUACCAAUGAGAGCGGAUUCUUGUCCUAUUUCGAGUUCUGCCAAGAGGAGGAGACCUGGACGAAAGAGUUCGAUAAGAUCGGCCAGUGCCCAUACGCCUACAAGCAAAACCAAUGGGUCGGCUACGAGGACGCCAGCUCGCUUCGUGCCAAGAUGGACUGGUUGCGCAAGGAAAAGUAUGGAGGCGCCAUGAUUUGGGCGCUUGAUUUGGAUGAUUACCGAGGCGUUUGCGGGGAAAAGGACGCCCUGUUCAACGUGCUCACCAAGGGCCUUGAAGGUUAUUCAGUGCGUGUUCCGCCCGCAAUCGAGCUCACCACUACGAAGAAGCCCAACGAGUGGUGGUCGCCACCACCUUCCUCGACAACAACAACAACAACAACAACAACGACAACCACGACGACAACCACUAGCACGAGUAGACCGAGAACAACUCGUUUCACGGAACCAACAACGACGCGAAAACCGUCCGUUACAAGCAUCUCAACCUCCACCUCAACCUCAACCAUCAGCGCAACCCAACGACCGGUGACAGGUGGAGAGUUGCAACCCGAAACAGGUGCACCAACUGAGUGUCCUGCCGACUCGACUGGCCAGAUGCUGUCCUCUUUCCGGCCGCAUUCAACUGACAACACGCUUUAUUUGUGGUGCAUAAACGGCAAGGACCUAGUUCUCUCGUGUCCGCCAGGAACCGAGUGGAACAAUGUCGAGAAGCAGUGCAUGGCGCGCGAAACCUUGGCUGGGCCGUUGCCACUUGUUGGUCAUCCACUUGCAGCCGGCCAGAUGGAUCUGGAUAUCAAUUUGGGCGCUGCUGGGCCACCCGACAGGUUCUUCGCUUUGUUUGAGUCUUCGCGAAUACGCACAGGGAAUCCCGAGAGAUUUGGCUCGUACCCGCCAAGAAACGUGGAGGAUGAGUUUGUAUUUCUGCCACAAAACAAACCGCGAAUAGUUGAAAAUUUCCAUGACGAGAUGCUACCGCUGCAAAAUAUCGUCUUUCAACCAGGUCGUCCAAUCGAAUGGUUCUAG